AUGGUGGGGAAUGGAUCUAUCAGGUCAAAAGUCGAGUCUGUCGAAAGCAUACCGUUUAGCAACACGAUUUUGGCACCACUGACCGCCAAGAAAACUGAUUCUGCACCUACAAAUUCUAGCGAAAAUGUCGAGAACCGAAAGCCGAAAAAGCCUCCACCAGUUCCCAAGAAGCCCUUCUCUGUGCGAAGUGGAAGUGUGGCAUCUGUAAACUCUCAGCAUCAAUUCCAUUAUGACAAGGAGCUUGAGGAGAAAUUCGGUGUCAAAACAAAAACUGGCUCUUACGAAUAUACAGAAGCUUGGGCCGUUCGCCAUGGUAUACUCCCCAAUCAGAAAAAAGAGACGCGGAAAAAAACUGUCGAGACAAAGAAUGGUGUUUCGGCAGAAAGUGACAUAAAUAGUAAGCCACAACGCGAGACCAGCGUUUCUUCCGAUUGUGACCUGGUAUCCACAGUAUCGUCAACUCGCACUUCGUCUUUACGAUCAAUUUUAAAGAAGAAGCCGAGUAAAGGCCCACGCGUAAGUGCACACCCGAUUUCACACCCAGUCCCGUUUAUCAACAUAAUUGUUUUUCGUGCUUUCAGUUGUACUAUCCGGGAGAUCGCUGUCUUAUUAUUCUUGACGAAGACUCAAUUACUUUGCUGAUAAAUAGCAUCCGUCGUUUGAGUAGGAGCGAAUACGCCUUAUAUGAUACCUUGUCGUAUUUCUUCUAGAGUGCUGACCAUUCUUCGUCCAUACUGCCACAUAGAUCUUAGCACUCCUGUUGUCUGCACUAGGUAAUAUGUAGUUUUUUUGCCGAUCUUCAAGCUAAUGAUGUUAUUGCUUCGAUCGGACCGAGUGUGUAAGUUGUUGCAUUGUAACAGUAAUACGUCUGCCACUUCGCGUCUAUUUUAAACUCCAACACUGACUAUUUUUGUUUGUCCAUUAUUGGCUUAUACAGCUUAUUUAACAGUGUAUUUCACCAGAAAACUGUUCCAUUUUUAGAGUAACAAGAGCAUAUCGUUCAAAGAUGAUGACGAAUUAACCACGAAUUUCAACUACCCAUCAGAGAGAAGUCUGAGUGAGGACAGCUUUGAAAUGUAUCGCCCUCAUUUUUAUGACAGCGAUUUGGGAUCCGAGGACGAAUUUGUCAUGAGCUUUGGUCAAAAGUACUGGGAGAACCCACCUAGCUCAUCAUGCAGCACUCUUGUAUCCGAUAAAGACACUGUGACGUCCUCCAGUACUGUUCGGGGGAGAUCCUCGUCUCGCGGUACCCAUUCUAACUCUCCUACGCUCGAAAUCGGGAGUUCGGCGAGCAAUUAUUCUGGCUGUAAGUGUACAAGUCCGAUCAAUAAAGUUUAAAUAUUCCAGUCCCUAAAGAUACUUGCCAGACCUAUAGUUUUUGAAUUUUUCGGUGACAGCCUCAGUUAUGUCUAUUUCAUUGAACGUGCUGCGUUGUUUCCAUUGUAAACGCAUGUUACAGGCAGAAAAGUAAGGGAUCACACCAUUUUAUCAUAUAGGUUAAGUCUUUCCUGUAUCUAUUUUUCUUUGUAGUUUUGAUUGCCGUUUACACUACUGUUACUUGA